AUGGCCUCAUACUUGAGCUUCCCAUCAAUUCGUGCAGAUGCCAACCCGCUCACGAAGCACCUGCACAUCGCGCUGCUCGACCGCCAGCCGCCCGUCGCCCUUCCCGACCAGCUGCCGCUCCACGCCGACAUCCGCGUGUCCACGCUGACCCCGGCCAGCAUCGCGCUGCUGCACAGCGUGGGGGCCUGGCGCUCGCUGGCGCCGGCAGCGGCGCCGUUUGUCGACAUGCAGGUCUGGGAUACCGGUGGCAACGGGUUUGUGCGGUACGAUGCCGCUGCUGUGGGCGCCGACGCCAUGGGCUUUGUGGUUGAGAAUCGACUGCUUGUGGCGGCCCUGCACGAGCGGCUGAAGGCCCACUCAGCUGUGCAGCGAUUAAUGCCUUCAAGCGUCACCGCGGCCGAGCUUCCACCCUACAGCCCCGUGGCGCAGCUGGACGGCGGUUCGCUAGUGCGGCUGGAGCUGGAGGGCGGCGGCAGCCUGCACACAAGGCUGCUGGUGGGCGCUGACGGCCGCGGCAGCCGCGUGCGGCAGUGGGCGCAGAUCCGGACCACCGGGCGAGACUACCAGCAGCGAGGGUUGGUGGCAACAGUGGCCACCGCCUGGCCCAACCAGACCGCGCACCAGCGCUUCCUGCCCACCGGCCCGCUGGCGCUGCUGCCGGUCCGCGGCGGCUUCAGCAGCGUGGUGUGGAGCUGCCCGCCCGAGCUCGCCAGCAAAGCGACAAUGGCGGCACGACUGGAGGCGCUGCCGCGGCACGAGCUGGCUGCUGCCAUCACAGACGCUCUCACCUCCGGCCCCAACUACCCGCCCCGGCCGCCGCUGGGGGAGCUGCUUGGCGGCGUUCUGGCGCCUGCACGCAGCAGCCGCUUUGUGGAGCCGCCUGCCGUGACGGAUGUCGUGGGGGACGCGCCCAAGUCGUUCCCGCUGAUGCUGCAGCAUGCAGGCAAGCGCAGCUUGCAGGGCAGGAAAGGCGGGGCUACGGGUCGGUACGUGCGGCCGCGGGUGGCCCUAAUUGGCGACGCGGCCCAUGGCAUCCAUCCACUGGCGGGGCAGGGCUUGAACCUCGGGUUUGGGGACGCACGCGUGCUGGCUGCCGCCAUAGCUACCGCAGUCGAGUCUGGGCAGGACAUUGGCAGCGCGGCCAUGCUGGAGCAGCAGUAUGAGCAGCCGCAGAAGAAAGUCAACUCAGCCAUGAUUGCUGCCAUGGAGGCCAUCAAAGUCGUGUUUGGCCCUCAGGCAAGCAGGCUUUUUGGCACGCCAGCAGACUUGGCAGCCAGCCAUGCAGCGCUGACCACCCAGCACCUAAUGUUGCUGCCCUCCAUUUGGACCAUGCAGGAGGGGCCCGUGGCUGGGCUGCGCUCGCUGGGACUGGAUCUAAUCAACCAGAUGCCAGCGCUAAAGCAGACGAUCCAGCGCGUCGCCAGCGCUGGGACUGGAUUAUGA